CCGUUAUAAAACCCCUGUGGUCGCCGUGCGCAGACGACGCUACGCUCGCCUACGUUGUUUUCCUCAUCGCCGGGGUUCCACAGAUUGCCGCUGAACUACGCUACUGCGAAGUCGGUAUUGACAGCGGCACAACAGACGCGGAAUAAGUUACAGAUGGACCAGCAGGCCCAGUCCUAUAUGCUUGCCAGUUUAACACGGCCUCACUCAGAGCAGUUGCUGCAGGGCCUACAGCUUCUGCGGCAGGAUCAUGAACUGUGUGACAUUGUACUGCGUGUGGGUGAUGCUAAGAUCCAUGCCCAUAAAGUAGUGCUGGCCAGCAUCAGCCCCUACUUCAAGGCCAUGUUCACUGGGAACCUGUCCGAAAAGGAAACGUCGGAAGUGGAAUUCCAGUGUAUCGACGAGGCUGCGCUUCAGGCCAUCGUGGAGUAUGCCUACACGGGCACAGUCUUCAUCUCCCAGGAGACAGUGGAGUCGCUCCUGCCUGCCGCCAACCUGCUCCAGGUGAAACUGGUGCUCAAGGAGUGCUGCUCCUUCCUUGAGAGCCAGUUGGACGCCGGGAACUGCAUCGGCAUCUCUCGCUUUGCCGAGACGUAUGGCUGCCACGACCUGUGUUUGGCCGCCACCAAAUUCAUCUGUCAGAACUUUGAGGAAGUGUGCAAAACGGAAGAGUUUAUCGAGCUGACGCGGGCCGAGCUGGACGAGAUUGUGUCCAACGACUGUCUAAAGGUGGUCACGGAGGAGUCAGUGUUCUUCGCGCUGGAGUCCUGGAUCAAGUACGACGUGACCGAGAGGCAGCAGCAUCUGGCGCAGCUGCUGCACUGCGUGCGCUUGCCUCUCCUCAGUGUCAAAUUCCUCACGCGCCUUUACGAAGCCAACCACCUUAUACGUGACGACCACGCAUGCAAGCACUUACUCAACGAGGCCCUUAAAUAUCACUUCAUGCCAGAGCACCGGCUCUCCUACCAGACGGUGCUGUCCACCAGACCCCGAUGUGCCCCCAAGGUGCUGCUCGCGGUCGGGGGCAAGGCGGGUCUUUUUGCCACGCUAGAAAGCAUGGAGAUGUACUUCCCACAGACGGACUCGUGGAUAGGGCUGGCCCCACUCAGCGUGCCUCGAUACGAGUUUGGCGUGGCGGUGCUGGACCAGAAGGUGUACGUGGUGGGGGGCAUCGCCACGCACAUGAGGCAAGGCAUCAGCUACCGCAGACUAGAGAGCACCGUGGAGUGCUGGGACCCCGACAGCAACACCUGGUCCUCGGUGGAGCGCAUGGCCGAGCGCCGCAGCACCCUCGGAGUGGUGGUCUUGGCGGGGGAGCUCUACGCGCUGGGCGGCUACGACGGCCAGUACUACCUCCAGUCGGUGGAGAAAUACGUCCCCAAAUUGAAGGAGUGGCAACCCGUGGCGCCCAUGAGCAAGUCCCGUAGCUGCUUUGCCACUGCCGUGCUGGAUGGCAUGGUGUAUGCCAUCGGGGGCUACGGCCCGGCGCAUAUGAACAGUGUGGAGCGUUACGACCCCAGUAAGGAUGCCUGGGAAAUGGUAGCCCCCAUGGCAGACAAGAGGAUCAACUUUGGGGUCGGAGUCAUGUUGGGAUUCAUCUUUGUGGUGGGCGGACACAACGGUGUGUCCCACCUCUCCAGCAUCGAGCGGUACGACCCGCACCAAAACCAAUGGACCGCCUGUCGACCAAUGAAUGAACCGCGAACUGGUGUCGGCUCCGCCAUCGUGGACAACUACCUCUAUGUGGUGGGGGGCCACUCGGGGUCGUCCUACCUGAACACUGUCCAGCGCUACGACCCCAUUUCGGACAGCUGGCUGGACUCCAGUGGCAUGAUGUACUGCCGCUGUAACUUUGGCCUGACUGCCCUUUGACCCAUGGCCCAGCUGGCCAGGACUCCGUAAGAGAAGACUCGGGACGAAAAGGCGGUUCUUUUUGUUUCUCUUUCCUCUUCCCCCCCACCUUCC